AGUUACGGACCCUGAAGUAUCGGAGAAGUUGUCUCCUUCGCACGCAGGAGCCGUGCGUAAUGAGCGCAGCCGGAGAGGACGAUGCUGGAUCAUGAAGCGGGGCCAUCGGACAUGCGACUGGUCCACCAGAUCGGCACCGCCAUGAAGAUCCAGGCCGGGGGGGAGCAUCUGGGCUGCAGCAAGGUGGGAGACAACCAGGACAGCCAGGUCGUCUGUUUGCAGUGUCAGGAUGAGGCGAUGCGGGUUUGUCCGGGAAGUCCACGCAGUCCGCGGCGCGCCAUCGCCACGCGCCUCUCCUCCGGGUCCGCAGACCGAGAGCCGAGCAGCAGCAGCUACAAUGUCUCCUCAGGAACCUUCUACAGCUGCGUCAGUCAGAUCACCAUCGGGUUCGACCAGGCGGGUCAGGUGGCCAUCGGGUUCUCCCACUGGAACAGCCCCUUCCCGGACAGCGGCCCCAGCCUCCCCAGUCCGGACUGCGUCCACUCCGAGGCGUCCGCCAUCCCGCCGGCCAGCGAGCACCUGGAGCCGGCGUCCUGCCCGGCGUCCCUGUCCGUCACCCCGCUGCCCACCUGCAGCGCCAGUCAGGAGACCCUCUGCGACAGCAGCAGUGUGAGUUCAUCUCUUCAUGGGUCUGAGCCCCGGCGGCAGAGCCCCCAUCAGCACAGAGUCCCGCUGCAGCCCUCGGCCUCCGGCUACCAGGCGGCGGACAGACCCCUCGCCUUCCUCCGCCGCCGGACGGCCGACAUCAUGGAGGAGUCCUCGGCUGAAGCGCCCGACUCCAGCACUCAGGACGACGUUCCUCCUCUGGCUGUGAAGGACGUCAACGUGCUGCUGGAGAGGGAACGGACUGAAGGCAGCAGCAGCAGCCCGUCGAGGGACAACGACUCCACCCUGCAGAACCCGGGAACCAACAGCAGCAUCCUCGACGAAAACACAAAGUCCGACUCGGGCCUCCCAGAGGGCAGGAGUAAGUCCAGUGGACUCUGCUUCGGCGACGGGAAGAGCCGCAUCGACUACAUCCUGGUUUACAGGAAGUCCAGCUCCCAGUCGGAGAAGAGGGAAGUGUUCGAGAGGAAUAUCCGGGCGGAAGGACUCCAUAUGGAAAAGGAGGCGUCGUUAACAAACAGCGACGUGAUCUUCCUGAAGGUGCACGCGCCGUGGGACGUCCUCUGUCGCUACGCGGAGCUCAUGAACAUCCGCAUGCCUUUCAGGAGGAAAAUCUUUUAUAUGCACAGACGGCACAAGUUCAUGAGCAGAAUGGAGAAACGAAUAAAUAAAUUUCGAGGCUGGCUUCCCCGCAAGCCCAUGAAGUUCGACAACGACAGGUUACCCGACCUGGAGGAGAACGAGAGCUUCACCGCCCCCUUCAGUCGAUCCCGGAUCCAUCAUUUCAUCAUCCACAACAAAGACACGUUUUUCAACAACGCCACCAGAAGUCGCAUCGUCCACCACAUCCUGCAGCGGGUCAAAUACGAGGAGGGGAAGAACAAGAUGGGGCUGAAUCGUCUUCUGAGCAAUAAUUCCUACGAGGCGGCGUUCCCUCUUCACGAGGGCAGCUACCACAGUAAGAACCCCAUCAGGACGCACGGCGCCGAGAACCACCGCCACCUCCUGUACGAGUGCUGGGCCUGGUGGGGGGUCUGGUACAAGUACCAACCUCUGGACCUCAUCAGGAGGUACUUCGGGGAGAAGAUCGGGCUGUACUUCGCCUGGCUGGGCUGGUACACCGGGAUGCUGUUCCCCGCGGCUCUGGUGGGCCUGCUGGUCUUCCUGUACGGCGUCUUCACUCUGGAGCACUGCCAGGUCAGUAAAGAAAUCUGCCAGUCCACCGAAGUCAUCAUGUGUCCCAUCUGCGACCAGUACUGCCCCUACCUGAGGCUGUCCGACAGCUGCAUCUACGCCAAGGUUACGCAUCUCUUCGACAACGGGGCAACGGUUUUCUUCGCCGUCUUCAUGGCUGUUUGGGCUACCGUCUUCCUGGAGUUCUGGAAAAGACGGCGAGCCGUCCUCGCUUACGACUGGGACCUCAUCGACUGGGAGGAAGAAGAGGAUGAGAUACGCCCCCAAUUUGAGGCAAAAUACUCCAAGAAGGAGAGGAUGAACCCCAUAUCUGGGAAGCCAGAGCCCUACCAGGCCUUCACCGACAAAUACAGCCGCCUCAUCGUCUCUGCCUCCGGAAUAUUCUUCAUGAUAUUGGUGGUGAUCGCCGCCGUGUUUGGCAUCGUCAUCUAUCGCGUCAUCACCGUCAGCACCUUCGCGGCCUUCGGCUGGGCUCUCAUCAGGAACAACUCUCAGGUGGCCACCACGGGCACGGCGGUCUGCAUCAACUUCUGCAUCAUCAUGCUCCUCAACGUGCUCUAUGAAAAAGUAGCCCUCCUGCUUACAAAUUUAGAGCAGCCGAGGACCGAGUCGGAGUGGGAGAACAGCUUCACUCUCAAGAUGUUCCUCUUCCAGUUCGUCAACCUCAACAGCUCCACCUUCUACAUCGCCUUCUUUCUGGGGAGAUUCACAGGGCGGCCUGGUGCGUAUUUACGCCUCAUCAAUCGCUGGAAACUGGAAGAAUGCCACCCCAGCGGCUGCCUCAUCGACCUCUGCAUGCAGAUGGGGAUCAUCAUGGUGCUGAAGCAGACCUGGAACAACUUCAUGGAGCUCGGCUACCCGCUGAUCCAGAACUGGUGGACCCGGCGGAAGCUCAGGAGAGAGCACGGCCGGAACGCCAAGGCCGGCUUCCCCCAGUGGGAGAGAGACUACAACCUGCAGCCGAUGAACGCGUACGGACUCUUCGACGAAUACCUGGAGAUGAUUCUCCAGUUUGGCUUCACCACCAUCUUCGUGGCGGCGUUCCCUCUGGCCCCCCUCCUGGCUCUGCUCAACAACAUCAUCGAGAUCCGUCUGGACGCCUACAAGUUUGUCACACAGUGGCGGCGACCUCUGCCCUCACAAGCCAAAGACAUCGGGAUCUGGUACGGUAUUCUGGAGGGCAUCGGCAUCCUGUCCGUCAUCACCAAUGCCUUCGUCAUCGCCGUUACCUCAGACUUCAUCCCCCGCCUGGUUUACGCCUACAAGUACGGGCCGUGUGCCGGCCAGGGCCGAGCGGGGCAGGGGUGUAUGAUGGGUUACGUCAACGCCAGCCUCUCCGUUUUCCGGGUGGCUGACUUUGAGAGGACGUCGGAGCCCAGGACCAACGGCUCCGAGCUGUUCGGCGAAGCCGUGCAGUACUGCAGGUAUCGGGACUACAGGGAGCCUCCAGACUCCGCAGAGCCCUACUCCUACACGCUGCAGUUCUGGCACGUCCUGGCCGCUCGGCUGGCGUUCAUCAUUGUUUUUGAGCACAUGGUCUUCGCCAUAAAGACCCUGAUCGCGUACCUGAUCCCGGAUCUUCCCAAGGACCUGCGGGACAGAAUGCGCCGGGAGAAAUACCUGAUCCAGGAGAUGAUGUACGAGGCAGAGCUGGAGAGGCUGCAGAAGGAGAAAAACGAGAAGAAGAAGAAGACAGACCGGACCCAUCACAAGGAAUGGCCCUGAGCGCAGCAGCCGGAACAGACGUGUGUGGAACGUCCUCUGACUCCUGCGUCUGGGUGUUUUUUCCACACAGAGAGAAACCAACCGGGGUUCCUGCAUGAACUGAACCUUCCUCCUGCCAUGUCGGACCAGCAGCACCUCCUGCUGGACGGUUUCUGAA